AUGGCAGACCAGAUGCGCAGCUAUUAUAAUACAAAUCGUGUCCACAGAAAGACAUGGAAGCCAUUGUGGAGUUUCCUGUUGGAUACGGUUGUGGGCAAUAGCUACAUGCUCUUAUUAUACAGGCCCGAGCCGGGCUCAGGCGAGCGCGCAUUACGCCAAGAUACUCAUCUACAAUUCUGUCGAGACCUACGAGACAAGCUCCUACAUGCAUCUAUUCGUUAUCGCCAGCAAGAUUCUAUGCAGAGAGCGAAGGGGCCUAUGGAUCUUGUUUGGAGACCGGUCAAUGAGCAUCAGCAUGUUAAAAUGUUCACAAAACAACCCACCUGCGCCGGCUGCUCAGCUAAGCACCGCGCAACUUCAAAGCCUCAUCUUGGCGCUCGAAAAGCUCUUGCUGAGCUAUCUGUCAAUACAACACAGAAGAAGCGAGAGGAUAGCAGGGGGUGGAAACGCCGUGAAAGGCCGCCAAGAACGAAUUGGGGCUGUUCUGUAUGCAACAUUCCGUUCUGUAGAGAGGGCACGUGCUGGAGCGAGCACGUAGCCCGGCUCAACACCAUUGCCUAGCUCUACAAGCAGAUAUGUACAUAGAAAUCACGAAUUCAAACAUUUUCAUCUCUCCGUAGCUCUCAUACUCAGGGGCCGAUGCGGUGCAUCUGAUUGGCUACAAAAAGUGGCCCGAGCGUUGCGCCUCGACGGGUUAAGGGAUACGGCCUCUCCGUUUUACGGCGCAUCCUUUUUAAUUUGUACAGCCGUAUAUACAGCCGUACGUGAGCUCGUACGUAAGGCUACACAAAUUGGAAAGGAUGUGCUGUAAAACGGGGAGGCUGUAUAGCCAUGCCGAUUUGUAUAGCCUCACGUACG